UCCCCCGGCGAGAGACCUCCAAGAGCUCCCCCCAAAACUCUAACCCUAACCGUAAUUCUCCCCUCAUUGUCCCCGAUUUUGUUGAUAUAGUCUGCCAUGGCUCUCAAGGCCGUCCAUGUCUCCGACGUCCCCAAUCUUGACCAGGUCCCUGAGAGCCCCUCUGUCGCCCUCUCCUCCGCCCGCCUCCCGAAAGGGGCGGAGGUGGUGCGACCGCCGUGGAAGGCGGCAGCGUUCACCGUGGUGGGCCACCGGGGGAGCGGCAUGAACGCGCUUGAGUCGCCGGACCGGCGGAUGACGGCGGUCAAGGAGAACUCCCUCCUCUCCUUCAACCGCGCCGCCCGCUUCCCCAUCGACUUGGUCGAGUUCGACGUCCAGGUGACCAGAGAUGGCUGCCCGAUCAUCUUUCAUGAUAACACGAUCCUUACAGAAGAAGAUGGAAAUAUGUCUGAGAAACGAGUCACAGAUCUCUUCUUGGAGGAAUUCCUGUCCUAUGGGCCUCAAAGAGAGAAUGGGAAGGUGGGGAAAUCAUUGUUUAGAAAGGCGAAAGAUGGGAGAGUUUUGAGUUGGAUUGUGGAGGAUGAUGAUUCUUUUUGCACACUGCAAGAGGCAUUUCAGAGGGUUAAUUCCAAUCUUGGUUUCAACAUUGAGCUAAAAUUUGAUGACUACAUUGUUUACCGAGAAGAAGAGCUUGCUCAUGCUCUUCAAGCCAUCUUACAGGUUGUUUUCGAUUAUGCCAAUGAUCGGCCCAUCAUCUUCUCAACCUUCCAGCCUGACGCGGCACAGCUAAUUAGGAAACUGCAGAGUAUUUAUCCUGUGUAUUUCCUCACUGACGCAGGGACUGAAAUCUUUGAAGAUGUGAGAAGAAACUCAUUGGAUGAGGCCAUCAAAUUAUGCUUGGCAUGUGGCUUGCAAGGCAUUGUUUCAGAAGUCAGAGGAGUCUUCAGAAAUCCAUCGACAAUAGCCAGAAUCAAAGAAUCCAAUCUUUCCCUUCUGACAUAUGGCCAGCUCAACAAUGUUCCUGAAGCUGUUUACAUGCAGCAUCUGAUGGGAAUCAACGGUGUAAUUGUUGACCUGGUUAAAGAGAUCACAGAGGCUGUUUCAGAUUUCACCAGAUCAGCCACCGAGGGAAGAGAGGAGCAGAUUAAGGAGGGCACAAGGCCUAAAUUUUCACAGCGAGAGCUCUCAUUCUUGCUCAAGCUCAUACCUGAACUGAUACAGUAUUAGUCCAGAUUUGUUGUAUACUAGGUGGAGUUAUGCUCUUCAUCAGAGAUGGGAGUAGUUUCUCAUUGAAGAUGACUCAGCAACAUGUUAGUGCAAACAAAAUUCGAAUGAAUGGAUUAGAGUUUUCUUAUUUGGCUUUGUAAA